GAAGGGUGCUAGGUUUAAAAUUGUCUAGGCUUUUAAAUUUGUUUUCGGUCUCCAAGACUUUCGUGACAAUGGGAAUUGACAAUUAUGACACUCCACAUAAAGCUUAUAAAUUUAUACCGAGGAACAGCCUUCUUUCUCCCGGCUCUCAGAACCGACGCCUCUUAUUCUGAAAAUUAAUUAUUUUUUCACGGUUGCAGCGGGAGGAAGCUUCAGAUCCCGUCGACCAUGGCUUCCGUCGAAGCAGAUGGGAGUAAGACCACCAGUAGGACUUCGUGCCAUGUGGUAGCGAUGCCGUAUCCAGGAAGAGGCCAUAUCAACCCCAUGAUGAACCUCUGCAAGCUUCUAGCUUCGAGAAGCAGUGGCAGUGAUGAUGAGGGUGAUAUUGUAAUCACCUUCGUGGUGACGGAAGAGUGGCUGGGCUUCAUAGGCUCCGAUCCCAUGCCUGCUAAUUUACGGCUACGCUCUAUCCCUAACGUCAUACCGUCGGAGAAAGGCCGCGCCAACAACUUUGCUGGCUUCGUGGAAGCCGUAAUGACGAAGGUAGAAGGUCCAUUCGAGGAGCUUCUGGACCAGCUCGAAACACCACCGACAGCUAUGAUUACCGAUAAUUACUUGACGUGGGCCGUAGCGGUGGGGAAUCGAAGGAAUAUUCCGGUUGCAUCGCUUUGUACCAAUUCGCCGUCCGUCUUCUCGGUGAUCUACCAUCUCGAUCUCCUUGUCCAAAACGGACAUUUCCCUGUCGACCUAUCAGUACCAGAGAAGGGAGGUGAAUGCAUCAGUUAUAUCCCGGGGAUCCCUUCCAUUUGCUUAGCGGACUUGCCAAGAGGCUUCAAUAAUCCCACUAAUCAAGAGCUGGAACCAGUCAAGAAAAUCUCCUCCUCGAUCGUGAAAGCAGAGUGCCUUCUACUCAAUUCCUUCUACGAGCUCGACACCCAAGCCAUAGACGCUUUAAGGGCAAUACUCCCCUUCCCAGUAUACCCAAUUGGCCCCUCCAUACCUCACAUGACACUCAAAGACGCCACCACUGACUCUGACGAUGACUACAUCAAAUGGCUAGACUCUCAAUCUCUAGGAUCUGUCUUGUACGUUUCACUCGGUAGCUUUCUAUCAGUUUCAAGUGCUCAGAUGGAUGAGAUAGCAGCUGGGUUACAUGACAGUGGUGUUCCAUACCUGUGGGUUGCGCGGCAGGAUAAUUCAGACUUGCAAAAAGCUUGUGGUGAUAAGGGCCUGGUGAUACCUUGGUGUAACCAAUUAAGGGUCCUCUGCCAUUCUUCCUUGGGAGGCUUUUGGACUCACUGUGGAUGGAAUUCAACACUAGAAGCUGUGUUUGCAGGUGUGCCCAUACUUACUUUUCCCAUCGUUUGGGAUCAAAUCCCCAAUAGUAAAUUAAUUGCAGAUGACUUGAGAAUUGGAUGGAGAAUGAAGAAAGAGGUGGGCAGAGACAAGAUUGUGAAAAGAGAGGAGAUUGCCAGGACAGUGCAGUCCUUUAUGUACUCCAAUGAAGAAGAAAGUAAAGAGAUGAGAAGAAGAGCCAGAGAACUCCAAGAUGCUUGCCGAAAAGCCAUUGAGAAAGGUGGAUCGUCUGAAACAAACCUGGACGCUUUUGUUCGGGAUAUUCUACAGCAUCACCCCUAAUGUUACACCAUCGAGGUGGAAUGGAUCUCAACAAGAAUCCAUCUGCAACCAGUAUAGAUGUUCUUCAAUUUAAAAUUGUACUUUUGAGGUUGUCAAUCUGGAAUCCAUGGAGUCUUAUCCAGAGAUGCGUCAGUGUAGUAGAUCAACAGACUCCUUAGACAAACAAAAAUUAGCCUGAUCA